CCCACAUCUCUGCUGCUCUUCAGAACCACCCCAGAGCCCUCUUGUACCUUGAAGCCCAUUAGAAUGGGUUGAGCAGCCAAGAAGGCCCCUCUCGGCCUUAUAUAAUGACUGUUUUUAGCUUGGCUCCUCAGACAGAGAUUUCAAUAAAGUAUUGACAGUAUUGAGCCUCAGACAGAGAGAAGUAUUUGAGCUCUUCCUCCUUCUUAUUACCAGGAAGCCUAGUCCUCUGUCUCCAAGCAAUCACUCUUCAAAACAGUCUUUCUAAUCAGACAGAGCUUUUUCCCUGCUAACAUGAAGCCACGCUUGGCUCAGGUCUGGCUGCUUGGAGUCUGUGUUUUGCUCUGCCUCAGCUGUGGAGGUAAGUCCCACCUGCCAAUGGAAAAACAUGGUAAGCCACCAAUUCAAAUGUGCCGUAUGUCCACCACCUAUCUUCCUAUGAACUGGCGAACCCGUAAGCUUUUUUCUUUCUCUUUUCAGCUCUGGCACCUAUUUGGGGAUAAUGAUUGAAAGUCUAACUUUGGAAAUAAUGCAGGCCUGGAGAAAGGUUUAGAUACUAUUAAGUGCCAGAUCUAUACAGGCAUGGGUCAUCACCGUGCUUGGGUCAGGGUAUUGGCAGAGAUGAUUUCCACAGAUCCCACUAUGUCUCCUGUCCUUGCAAUCCCUGCACAGUCCCAACUUCAGAAAGUUUUUCAGGGGAAUGAUGCUCUAUUGCACAGGGCAGGGGGGGCUUAUUUUAACUUUAUUUAUUUACUUGUUAAAACAUUUGAUUUUUAAAAAUCAAAGUAGUUUGCAAUAGUCAUAAGUGCAGCCUUUCCGCUCCCCAAGCAGUUCAACAACUAUUUUUGAAAAAAUGUUUAAUUGUUUGCAUAAACUGGACAGCUUACAAUGGCAGCUGCAGACAGUGCUCCUCCUAUCAUAGCUGCAGUGACACACACACACACACACACACACACACACCGGUUGGUGCAAACUCUCUGGUGUUCACAUCUGUUGAUGUUGCCCAUCCAGUUGUUGUAGGGUUGCCAUACAUCGGAAGCAGUGUCCCAACAGAAAUCACUAAAAUGUCAGUGGAAAUCCAGACAUAUGGCAACCCAUGUCAGCAUUAUCGUUUUGGGCAAUUUUCCUUAAAAAUAGCUCAAAAACAUCAUUAUUCUUUUCUCUCUUUUUUUGCAAUUUUGUCCCAAAAGCUCAACAACCCUCACUAAUAAUAAUAAGAAUAAUAGCUUUUAAUGUUUAAUAGGUUAUUGUAUUUUAAUAUUCCAUUGGAACCCAGAGUGGCUGGAGAAGGCCAACCAGAUAGGCAGGCUAUAAAUAAUAAAUUAUUAUUAUAUUAUUAUUAAUUAUUAUUAUGCAAUGUGCCAUCCUCUUCCUGGUGUCAUGCCCCAAUGAAGAGCUGCCACAAUGACUUCCUCCACCACCAACACCACAUAAGCAUAUAGAGUUUUAUUAUUGCAAUACAAACACUUUAUGCUGGUUUUCCUAUACAACAUCAACGAACAGAAACAAGGGAAAGAUUUAUUCCUUCAGAGACUGGAGCGGAAUAAGUAGUGAGCAAAAGUCCGCCCCUCCUCUCUGGAACAUCAGCAGAUUCUUGCAAUGGGAGGGGUGAAAUAUCCUCAGCCAUAUGUCUGGAAUUUCCUGGACAUUGCCAGGAUUCGACUGUUGGAAAUAGUGCCUGGGAGGAAAUCGCUGAAAUGUCUGUGAAAAUCAGGACCCAUGGCAACCCGUGUUGGAAGUAUAGCUUCUGGCAAAUUUCCUUAAAAAUAGCUAAGAAAGAAAGAAAGAAAGAAAGAGAAAGAAAGAAAGAGAAAAGCUUUUGUGUCCGGAUCAUCUUCACUACACACUUCAGUUGACCAUUCCAUGAGGCAUCAAACACCCAUUUUCAUCACAGCAGGCAAAAGCGUAGAUUUCUUUUCUGUCGUCACUCAGGAAUUUGCGCCUGCACAUCUUUGUGGCUUUGGAAAUGCAGUUCCUACGUAUAUGUUUUACGGUAUCUGUUUCGGCUGUGGAGACAAAGGCCAAAUGAACGUGCAGGAUACGUCCUUGGUACAAGUAGAAUGCUAAGCCAGGCUGGUCCACCCAUGAGGCAAGGGAAGGUAACCGCCUCAGGCGGCAGGAUCCACAGGGGCAGCCGAACUGGCCUCCAUCACCCACCACUGCUGCCACGGUGCCAAUGACAGCUGCAGCAUGCUCUCUGAAGGCCACAUAUGGCUCCUUCUUGGCAGCUCCCAUCACCAUACUGCCUCCACUCUCGGUAAUUAGGAGGUACUGCUGGUCUCCUCCUACCACCACAGAUAAAGGUAAAAGGUAAAGGACCCCUGGACGGUUAAGUCCAGUCCAAGAUGACUAUGGGGUUGUGGCGCUCAUCUCACUUUCAGGCCGAGGGAGCCGAUGUUUGUCCACAGACAGCUUUCCAGGUCAUGUGGCCAGCAUGACUAAACCGCUUCUGGUGCAAUGGGACACUGACAGAAACCAGAGCGUACGGAAACACUAUUUACCUUCCUGCCACAGCAGUACCUGGCGUGCUUUCGAACUGCUAGGUUGGCAGGAGCUGGGUCAGAGCAACGGGAGCUCACCCCGUCACAGGGAUUCAAACCGCCGACCUUCUGAUCGGCAAGCCCGGGAGGCUCAGUGGUUUAGACCACAGCACCACCCACCCCAGCAAUAAUUCAAAACAAACAAAAAGUCAGAAUGGUGGACUGAAAUUAAAACAACACCUGAAGAGCCAAAGCUUCUCCACAGCUGUUUUAGGGGUUGGAGCAGAGACAAUGGCAAGCACCCUCGACAGAAUCCUUACCAUCAAUAGUUAUUAUCUGCAAGCAAUAUCCAUCCUUGAUUGUGCAAGUGCUUCUCCUAGGCCAGCACUGCAUGCUCCGCUCCGGCACCAGUUUGCAGACCUGGCAUUUGAUUGCUUCUGCUGUAAAAGAAAUGCCUCAUUUCAGCUCUUCCUAGCAAGCAACCUGCCUAGGGGAGAAGGGUCUGAGAAGAGUUCUGCUGUGCCAGAAGCGCAGCCCCAGACAUCCACCAAGCUCACCGUCUCGCUUUUUGCAGCGACAAGCUGGGUGCUUCCCAGAACCCUCCCACAAAUUUAUUUGCAACAUUUCUGCCCUGCCCAUUCAGGGGCUGAUAGCAGACCUUGGGGAAAAUUCUAAGCCCCUUGAAUGGGAGCUGAGCUAUAAAAGUGAAUCCCAGUUUCCAAAGUGCAUGUGUCUUCUUCAAUUUUGGGGGUAUGUGAAAGGGAAAUAACUAGCUAAGGGGAAGAAGUGUGCUGAAAGUGGGUUUUUUGAAAGGGGCGAGAAUAUAGUGCCAUUUUAUCUAUAUCUAUCUAUCAUCUAUCAUCUAUCAUCUAUCAUCUAUCAUCUAUCAUCUAUCAUCUAUCUAUAUCUGUCUGUCUGUCUGUCUGUCUGUCUGUCUAUCUAUCUAUCUAUCUAUCCAUCCAUCCACAGUGGUACCUUGGUUCUCAGACUUAAUCCAUUCCGGAAGUCCGUUCCAAAACCAAAACAUUCCAAAACCAAGGCGCGCUUUCCCAUAGAAAGUGAUGCAAAAUGGGUUAAUCCUUUCCAGACUUUUAAAAACAAUUUAACAUGGAUUUUACUCUCUAACGAGACCAUUGAGCCAUAAAAUGAAAGCAAUAAACAAUAUACUGCAGUCACACAAUCAAUCAAUCAGUAGCUGAAAUGGGUUCCACACAGUCACAAAAAAACAAAACAAAAAAAAACCAAAAAAGGGCCACAAAAACAAAAAGGCAAAAUAAAUAGCAAAAACAGACAGACCUCAGCGUAACACUCAAAAUGGAAAUGUGGCACUCAAAUCGGAGCACGUUCGGCUUCCGGGAAAAAGUUCGCAAACUGGGUUUGCAGUGUUUGGAUUCCAAGGUGUUUGAGUACCAAGGUGUUUGAGAACCAAGGUACCACUGUAUAUGAUUUAUAUACUGUGCUGCAUCAUUAGAACUCAGGGCGGUUCACAGAAUAAAAACAUCAAGUGCCGUGGUGACAUUCGUGAUAGGGGGUGGGAGGGAAGUAGGGUUUAUCAGAAGGGGAUGAGGAAAAGGGAAAGCAUAAUUAGCAAGGAUACAAACCAUGGGGUGGGGUGGAGGUGGGGCUAAUAGCCAUGCACCAAUGGGGUCAUGGGAGUCAAGGAGUGUCCUGAAUAGGAAAAUAGUGGGAUGGAGUGUACCAAAGACGAAAUCCCUGGGGUGGGGGGGGGGGGAGAGAGAGAGAGAGAGUGAGAAGGAAAAUGGAGUAUACAUAGGAGAUCAGUCAUGGGCAGAUGGGAAAACACAGUGGGGGAGGAAAAGGCGUUCUGUAUAUGUUCAGAGAAGCCUCUUUUGCAUGCAGGGAGCCUCGCAAAGUGUCUUGGACGAGAGGUCGGCAGAAAAGGAGUAGGGAGGGAAAGGCACAGUGAAAACCCAGGUACAAAGGAGGUUGCAGAACAGGAGGAGCUGGAUGCUUGAGAACUGUGUGCGAAAUUAAGUGUGCAUGGUUUAAAACUGCAAGCUUGCUUCAAAUUUUAGUUUAAAGAAACCAUGUUGGACCUGAUCCACUUAAACAUGGCACGUUUUUAACACUGGGAGCCACGCAGAAUGGCUGGGGAAACUCAGCCAGAUGGGCAGGAUAUAAAUAAUAAAUUAUUGUUAUUGUUAUUGGGCAGCAAUACUAAGCAGAUUGCUUCAUCAGCACACAGAUUUCUCCUUGCACCUUUGAAAGGUCUCUUCCUCCCCCCCCCCCCACCUCCAGGGAACCACAAAAUCUGUUUCAGAGCUUUCUCCAAACUCUCCGGAGCAGGUUCUGUUGAAGAUGUCAGUGGCCCACCCUGGGACCUUACUGUAAUCAAUAAAAAUACGUUACUAACAGGAAGAAUAAAAGGCUCAAAUAAUAGCUGGAACAAUCCCCACCAGUUGGAGGUCUCCUCCUCCCUUCCAUACCCAACGCAGUAUCACUGCGCUCUCCUAGAGAGAACCUCCUGCAAGGGACCAUGUUAUCAGGAGGCCCGUCCCACACCAUUUAGGUCUUUGGUGUGUUGUGGCACCUGCCUACCCUUUGUAAUUCCCUCCCCUCCAUUUUUAGGCGGUUGCCACCUCUGCUGUCUUUUCAGCAGCUGCUGACUUUAUGAAAAAGUAUCCCCCCCCCCCCCAAAGGAUUCUGAGCACUGGUGUUGUAACUCCCCUCCUUUCUCAUAAGCAGGACUUACCUCCUGGCCCAAAGCAGAGGGUAACGCAGGCAGCAAGUAGCCAAAGCUUAGCCAAGUGUGGCCUCUGGGUCUGCAGGGUGAAGCUGUAACACAUUGUCCAACCUGUUGGCAUCGAGAAGGAGAAACUGCCAAAGAAGGACAGAAUUUUCUUUAUGUAUGCCACAACAGCAGCAAGAAUACUUAUUGCAAAGUAUUGGAAGACACAAGAUCUCCCCACUCUGGAAGAAUGGCAGAUGAAGGUGAUGGACUUUAUGGAACUGGCGGAAAUGACGGGCAGAAUCCGAGACCAGGGAGAAGAGUCGGUGGAAGAAGAUUGGAAGAAAUUUAAAGACUAUUUACAGAAAUACUGCAAAAUUAAUGAAAGUUAGAAUGAUGUCAGAAUGAAAUUAAGUGGUCUUAGCAGCAACGUUAUAAAGGUGUAUGUAAAAAUGGAUUGUUAACAGAUGAGAAUCCAAAGUUAUAAUAUAUUAAGUUAAAGGAUUAAGACAAAAAUAAAGAGGGAAAGGAAUUGCUGAAUUAACUAAUAGAACUGGAACACAAAAAAGGGAGGUGUGAGGAAGUCAGGGAAGUAAGGAAAUGAAAUGUAAGUUAUGGAAAGAUCGAUGUUUUUUUUUUUUAUCUUUUUCCUGUAUUUUGUAUUUUUUCUUUUUUAUUUCUUUUUCUUUUUCUUCUCUUUUUAUCUAUGUAAUCUUUUCUUUGAAACUUUAAUAAAUAUCAUUUAAAAAAAGAGAGAGAAGGAGAAACUGACCUGACCUCUUGCUGCUGUGGACUCUGUUUUGGAGCUCACACCCCUGGACCUAUGCUGCUCCUGGCAGUACAGCCUGGCUUCACCACCACCACCCGCAGCCGGACACCUGGAGGUCUCCGCCUACCUCUGCCAGUUAUUCUAUCCUGACUGGGGACGCGUUGGCAGGAGAUUUGGCCAAUGAGGGACCGCCCUGCCCACACAAUAGAGGGCAGAACUUACCUGGGAAUCCUCAGUCAGCUCCAGAGCUUCUCCCACCCUGCCCUCCCUCAGUUAAGCCUUCUUUUGCAGGUUAACCUCUUCUUCACAGGUACACGGGCGCUGCUACAUCACGGUCGCUGCUGAAGGGCCGGAAAGAAAUUUUCCUGCAUUUGCAGGUUUUGCCUUCCCCGUACCAAAUCGUCACAACUUUGGUGGUUUCAGGCCUUGGGCGGAAUCCUUUAGUCUAUCUUCCCUAAUUUGUCGGGGCGUGAAGCGGUGACCCACGCCCCCCCCCUGCGGCGGCGAUCCCAGGGUUUCCCAUUAAAGGGGUUGUUUGAGGGGAGGCGUUGGCCAUAUGCCAAUAGGUUGUCAUUGCUCUCCCCUGUGACAGUGGCAAAAUGGGGGGUGGGCUCUCUGCUUGAACAGAUGUUCUCCAGAGCCAGCCCAAUCCCCACUCAUUCUGGAUAACCCUGAUGUUUCCCAGCUUCCCGGCCGGGGACUGGGAGGGAUAAACACCCAAUGCCUAAGCCAAGGUCUCCCUACAUCUGAAGUUUUAAUAAAGUUGUGGCCAAUUUUAAUCCCAUAACAUAGUGUCUUGAGUCAUUAUUCCACCUGGGGGUUGCCUGGGGUUGGGGGGACUUUGCCUGUCCACGCAAUCUUUCCCACUUAUCUAAUUCAAUAUUAUGACCAAAAUCUUGAGACCAUUUAAUCAUAACCGACUUAACUUCUUCAUCCUUUGUAUGCCAUUCUAAUAAUAACUUAUACAUCUUUGACAAUGUUUUUCUUUUGCUAUCUAGCAACUCUGUCUCUAGUUUUGAUUUAGUAUUACCAAAACCAUUUCUCUUACUAUCUUCCUUAAAUAUAUCUUGCAAUUGAUGGUACUGCAACCAAUCUGAUAGCUUGCCUCUUAUCUCUUCAAAUGACUUUAGCUUCAAUUUGUUGUCAACUUCCAUUAACAAGUCUUUGUAUGUAGCCCAAUCAAUUACCAUAUUUUUCUUUUUUACCACGAAGGCUUCCAGUGGUGAAAGCCACCACGGAGUUUACCAUUCUAAUAAUGUUUUAUAUCUGUUCCAGACCUCAUAAACUGAUUUUCUUAUAGUGUGGUUUAGGAAGCCUCUAUGUACUUUAACCUUGUCAUACUACAAAUAAGUGUGCCAGCCGAAUCUGUUAUCGAAUCCUUUUAAAUCCAAUACAUCCAUAUUGUCCAAAAGCAUCCAAUCCUUCAACCAACAGGACGCCUCAUAAUAGAUUUUGAGAUAUGGCAAGGAAAAUCCUCCUCUUUCUUUUGCAUCUGUCAAAAGCUUAUACUUAAUUCUCGUUUUUUUCCUUUGCCAAACAAAUUGCAAAAGUCGCUUUUGCCAUAUAUUGAAUUGUCCUGUUCCGCUGAUAAUCGGGAUUGUUUGAAAUAAAAAUAACAUUCUUGGUAGCACGCUCAUUUUUAUAGCAGAAAUUCUUCCCAUAAAUGAUAAUUUCAUUCUUCCCCAAAUUUCCAAAUAUCUUUUGACUUCAUUCCACACUUUCUCAUAAUUAUCCUUAUACAGAUUUAUAUUUUUAGAUGUAAGCCAGACUCCCAGAUAUUUUACUUUUUUUGCUAUCAUCAUCAUUCCUGUUAUCUGUUGCAGUUCCUCUAUUUUCUUACUAUCCACAUUCUUAGUUAAUAAUUUCAUUUUGGAUUUGUUGAGUAUAAAACCUGCUAAUUGCCCAUAUUCUUCUAUUCUCUCCAUUGCUUCCACUGCGCUGGAUAUCGGUUGUUCUCAUGUCAGUACUAAACCUGUCUAGUUCCUUUUGUAAUCUCAAUCUUGUCGGUUAACGGGCUAUUGACUAAUAAUUUAGCAUAUUGUGCAGAGUAAAUAGCCUGAAUACCAUUAAGAAACAUUGGACCCAUAUCCAUAAGUUCUAAGUUUCUUUUCAUAAAAUACCAAGACACAUUAUCAAAUGCCUUCUCAGCAUCUAUAAAUAUCAAAGCUGCUUGUUUAUCUUUCCUGGAACCCAAAUAUUCAAUUAAAUCAAUUAUAUUUCUAACAUUAUCUUUCAUUUGUCUCCCAGGUAAGAAUCCCGUCUGAGCAAUAGCUCUAUAUUUAUAUUUACCACAUUUGUCUCCCAAAAUAAAAUCUAAGAUGUGCACCUUCUGUGUGUACACAUUACCAGCCUGUUCUGGAUCAAAGUCAUGCUGCAAGAUUCCAUCUUCUUAUCUGGCCUCCCCAAAUGUUCUGUUCUGUUAUUAUCAUCCCACAUUUCAAGCAUUAGGUCUACAAAGCAGAGCAAUCAAUAUGCAACGACUGCAGUGAAUGGGAUCUUGUAGGCUUUUAUAACACACACACACACACUACAUCACAACCCAAGGACAGAAUUUCCUUGUGCCUUGAAGAGUAUCCAGUGAUGAGGCUCAAUGGUGACAAAGGACAGAGCUGAGAUGACCAUUUGAUAGACCAGAAACAAAAUGUUUGGCUUCCCUUGUACUCAUUGCGCCACCUGUAAAGACUGUUCAGAGUAACUGGAUUCAUUUUACCCAUGCUCACUAAGAGCUGAUCUGGUACUGCACACAACCCAGCUGCAAUCCUACACAAUGCAGGUGACUAAGCCCCACUGAUUUCUGAGUAAACAGGCAUAGGGUUGCAGUGCAGAUCUAAAUCACGUAUACAAACAGGCAAGUUGAGCUCAGGUGGAUCCAGCCAAAGGCUUGUUGCAGUCCACCAUCCUGCUCACUCCCUGCCCAUGGGCAGCUCACAAGUGGGGCAUAAUUGCACUCUCUCACUUACGAUCUCCAGCAACAGGUAUGCAGAGAGAGAGAUAGUACCCCAGAUACCAUACAGGCAUUGUGAUUAUGAUAGCCUUAGGCUCCAUGGAGAAUCAUUUAUGUUGCCAAAAGGCAAAAUUGCACCGGCAUUUACAUGGACUUUCAGCUGCCUUGGCUCAAGACAUAUGCUCUGGUCUAAGCAAUGUAAGGCCUGGCCUGUCCUGGCCUGACUAUACUGGCUACCAGUUAAUUUCCAUGCCUAAUUAAAAGUGCUAGGUUUGAUCUAUACAGCCUUAUGCUGCUCAAGGCCCCAAUACCAUAAGAAUCACCUCUCACCACACAAAUUAUGUUUUAUAUGUGCUGUAAUCUGCCCAGAGUGGUUGGGGAAACCCAGCCAGAUGGGUGGGGUGGUAUUAUUAUUAUUAUUAUUAUUAUUAUUAUUAUUAUUACCCAGGCCCUGUGUCCUUCCCUGCUGUCUUCUACAUACACCCUGAUUUGAAUGUUUGGGGUCAGUUGGCUCUGAUUCUGAUUCUCCUUCCUUCUUUUCUUGUGAUAUUUUAAGUUAUAUGCUGUUAAACCUCUAUCUAUGAGGCUCAAUGGUUGCGAAGGGCAGAGCUGAGAUGGCCAUUUGAUAGAGCUAAAAGCCAAAUGUUCAGCUUCCCUGGUACUAAUUGAGCCACCAGUGAAUACGGCUCACUGGGUUUAUUUCACACAUGCUGUUCUUGCUAAGGGCUGAUCCGAUAAGAGAGAGAGAACAACAACACAGAUAUACUAUAUAAUCUGCCACAUGUAGAACUGGAAUGGAUUAACCUGGUUCAUCAUCACAGUCAGACAUCUGCCUGUCCUGAAGCUCCAUUGUGUGUUACUGCAGCUAUCAAGCCCAGGUUGAUCAGGUGACCUGAGAGAAGCCAAUAAGGCUUCAUCUGGAUUUAUAUAAUAGAUGGCUCUUUCCAGGCUCCUCCACGCAACCAACCAAGCUGCCCAGCUGCCAGGGUGGUAGAAACCCGACUGCCCACAGAAGAAAAAAAGGGAACCCAGUGGCCCCAUCUCGAUUUCUCUCUGCUCAUACCAAAGGGCUAUAAAAUGGGUUACGGCUUCAUCCUGGAGAUUCAAGAGCCUCGUGUGGCUCCAGCUUGGCUGCUUGCUGUCUGCAUUAUGCUCUGCCUCAUGCCAGGAGGUAAGUCCCACCUACACAUAGGUGCCAACUCGAAGGGUCCCAGGUCCCUUCGGCCCCCAAUAAAAUAUUUUCAGGGACAGCUCCAAAGUUGAUGGGCAUUGCUGCCUUUCUUGCUUUUCCACAUUUGGACCUCAUUUCCCAACAAGGCCUGUAAAGGAAUUUGUGAAAGGGUUGCUGGAUGGCAUAGGAGCUGGGACUGGUCAAACACCUCUAAUAUCGUUUCUAGUGGCCUUUGUGGUUGAAGCUAGAAGGGGUAGCUGUGCAGUGGAGGGGCAUGGAGCAAGCAGAGGAAACCAUAGCCCUUCAACUUCCAAACAAGAAGAAGCAUGUGAGAUUUGUGUUCUCUGGCUACUUCUGCAGUGUGUGUGUGUGUGUGUGUGUGUGUGUGUGUUGCAUGUUGCAUGGUCUGUCCGCCAUAAGAUGCAUAGAUUGCUUAAUCAAAAGAGAAAAAUCCCUAAGUAGUUUUCAUCUAACAAUAUGUGUGUGCACGCAUAUAUAGAAAGAUCAACAAAAAUUAGUCUUCCCGUUCCUAUAUAUGCAUAAAGACCAAUAAAAUUAGUAAUAUUUCAAACAAGUGAAGACAUAAUAAAAGUAUGUGUCUGGAUAGGUUUGCUGCAAGAAAUAGGUUUUUAGCAGGUGUCUGAAACAGGUGGCCACACUAGAAGAUAGGUUCCUUGCAGAUCUGGAAUGAAGAUACAUCUUUUUCAUCCCCUGCCCCGUGAUGUGGCAUUUGGUACAUUCCAUUCCACUGAUUCUUUAUCGGAGACACUUCUCCCCACAGUUUCCCUUUGGGUACAUGGCUGUUAGCCCCUGCUCCAUGAUUUUGCAUCCAACAUUCCCUUUUCUCCCUCCCCUACUGAUAAACCCUCCUUUUCUCCUACCCCACCAUGAAUCCCACAACCACAUUUGUUCUGAUUUAGCGUGGCACAAUCUACUUUCCUCCCCGUUUCAAGGAGCCCAUUCUCAAGGAAAUCACUUUUAGUACCCUCCUGCUCUAAAUCACAGCAAGCAGGUGCAGCGUCCAGGAGACCCCAGAGGGCGACCCCCACCAUUUCUCCCCCAGGGAGACCAGCAGCGCCUCCUAUUCCCCAAGAGGCCACUCUUUCAUCACCUCACCUUGCCUCAUGGGUGGAUAGGCACUACCACCAUCCUCCCAAACUCUUCCUUUCCCUCUCAGACCACGUCUAUCUGUGUUGACAUUUCAGGGUGGAAAUGGUGUAAAUAAAUAUGUUGGAGAAACAUCUGGCUAGUGACUACAAAAACACAUACAAGAUGCUGAGCUCGGUGGAUGUUUGGGACCUUUCAUCUGGCAGAAGAAAACUCUUCUUAUAUCUUUCCCACGUGUCUGGGACUAGCAGAGGAGGAAUGGGGGAGACUGCCUCCCCAUCCUGACCCUUCCAGGGAGGAGGAAGUAGAAGACGGUUUAGAUUUACAACAGGGGUUUGAGGGAGGUUGUAGCUCAAAGGCAGAUGAGGGGAGAAGCUGGGAGAGCCAGAACAUCUCCCAGCCGUCAUUGGAAAGCAUUCCAGAUCCUCUGUCUCCCAGAACCUGAUGAGCCUUAAAAGUAGGAGAGCAAAGAGCUCAAAGACAGAGGGCACGUAGCAGCACCAGUAGAGGAGACGGACGGGGAAGUGGGAGAGACAGGGUGGGUGGAGAUUCAUUCAGGACAAUGCUAUUAUCCAAGAGGCUGGGUUCUACAGCCUCUCUCUCUCUAAAGAUUGAAAUAAAAAAGGACGGUAAGAAACUUUUCCUCGUCUUUAUACUUUCCUGGGCAACCAGCCGGGGGCUGCUGACAGCAUCCUGACACCACAUUAGGGAUGUUGUCUGCAAGGAAGAGUUACAACAAUGUGUCUCUUUUGCAGCAGAAGCCAUAAAAUGCAAUUACUGCAAUAUUACUAAUCCAGACAUCAGUAGGAAGUGCUGGCCUCCAUAUAUCUGCACAAUCCCUGAUGGAUACUGCUUGACCAUAUUAAUUUACGAAGGUAAGGAUUACUUUGUGGGUACUUACAAUCCCUCUGGACAUUCCAGGAUCAAAUCAGAAAAUGGGAUGGCUUCUACAAUUCCGGGACUGUUACUUGAAAAUUGGGGUACUUGGAGGAUAUGUUAUUUCCCGAAAAGAGACUAGUGGCUACACUUCACACUUUGCUUGUACUGAGGACAUAUCCUGUCCUUUCACCUAUCCUUUUUCUCCCCAGCCCGCCCAGGAGGUGCCUUGACAUAUGUAGAUAAGAGGUGCAUAUCCAAAAACACAAAGGUAUGCGGAAUUGAACAGAUAAGUGGGGACAAAAAACUACGCCGUGCCUUUGUCUGCUGUGAUGAAAAUGACAAGUGUUUGAUGCCUGGAAGAAAACCAGCAUAAAUGGAAGAGGACUUGCAUCUCUGAUUUUCCCCCACCUUUGACAUUUAAAUUGUAGAUAUUGUCAGGAACUGCUGCUCAUGCCCCAUGUGAUAACCCACAUAGCUAUGUCUUCUUCUUGUAGAGCCUUCUGGCUCUGGCUGACUCCACCCACCCAGGCUCCCCAUUGGCUCCGCCUGGGCAGGAAGUGGCUUAAGGGCCCCUCUAGGCUGGUGUUGUAAUGCAGGUGUCUCCUGCAACAUGUUUACUAUCAUAAUUAGCUUUAUUAUUCCCUUUCUAAAAAUACAUGUAGCCAAAAAAACCAAACAUAUGCCCUCACCACCCCCAAGAAACAUUCCAUGAAUCUGCUGUACAAUCAUGUAAAUGAUAUAGUCAAAAAUAUGCUUGUAAGUAGUUUAGAAUUGCUUAUAUCUGUCAGUUGUCUUCCACUCUCUUCGUAGAUUGUCCCAGACUAAGCCAUGCUCUAUUUCAUAUCCUGUCUCACCAUCCCUUUAAAGUUAGUAGCUGUUCACAAUAUUGUGUUGUUAUGUUUCUAGCUGCAGACAUGGCAACGAUUAGCAGGUCCUUGAAAAAUAAAUUCCUACGGUCAUCUAUUAACAGAUUUAAUAAAGCCAGCUCCUGCAGCAUAUUCUUGAUGCAAUAAUA